GAGCGGCCGUCCUGGCCGCCGUGGCGGCCGCGGCGCCGGGCAGCGGCGCGGAGGGCGCCGCGCCCACGUGCGCAGACCCCGCGGCGGCGCAGGCGGAGGCCGUGAGCGUGUCGCUGCUGCAGAAGCCGUCGGCAGCGCUCGCGCGGGGCGCCUGGGCUGCCGCCCCGGCCGUGGCAGGCGGGGCUGCCCCAG